AGUCUAUACAUACAGAUUGAGAGAGAGAGAGAGAGAGAGAGAGAGAAAUCAGAGAGAGAGAAGCAAUGGAGGAUACAAAGAUAAUAGAGCAAGGAAUCGGAGAGCUGAAGAACGAUCAGCUUCGUUUUGGUCUUCAAGGUGUCAAAAGCGACAUCGUCGGAUCUCAUCCUCUCGAAUCUUCUUAUCAUUCUGCAAAAAUUAGAGAAGAGGAGAUGAAGAGGAAAAUACUGGCUAAUACUUACGGAGCAGCUUUCCCACUCAAGAUGGAGCUGGAUCGACAGGUUCUUUCGAGGUUUCAGAGGCCCCCAGGGGCAAUACCAUCGUCCAUGCUGGGUUUAGAAUCUUUGACGGGAGCUCUGGAGAACUUUGGCGUUGAAGAUUACCUCAAUGAUCCACGUGACUCGGAGACUCGUCCUGUUGACAUGCAUCAUGGACAGGAAGUUCGGCUUGGUCUCUCUAAGGGGCCCGUCUGCCCUAGUUUCAUGUGAUGUGUUUAUGUUAAAAACUUUCAUAUUGGUUUCAUAGGCGCUCUGGUGUUUGAUUUGUAACUUCACUCGUGCUGUAAUAGGAUCUCUUGAAGUUCUCAUUAUUAAACAGGAUUCUGCUGCAAAAACAUCAAGCUUAACAGAUUAUUAAAAGUGAUGUUGUUUUCUUGCUUUUAA